AUGCGAGGCCCACUUCGCGUGUGCCUUAUACUGCUUCUCGUGGGAUCGAUAAAAACCGAAGAAGAUGAUUUUGUGCCAAUUCCAUUCGUGGCUCCCCAACUAUCUGGUCGGCCCCACUUUAUGUCGUAUUUCGACAAGGACGAAAAGAUAGGCGAUGUCUGGGUAAAAAGUACAGCCAAGAAAGAUAGUGGGGAUGAAGAAGUGGCAAGAUAUGAUGGUGAUUGGUCGAUUGGCCCCCAGUCGGACCCAGCCAUCGACGGUGAUUUUGGUCUGAUUGUCAAGAAUAAGGCAAAGCAUCAUGCCAUCGCCGCUAAACUUGAAAACCCCUUCAUUUUUGCGGAGGAUGGCAAGCCUCUGAUUGUUCAAUACGAAGUCCAAUUUGAGGAGGGCCAAGACUGUGGGGGAGGUUAUAUAAAAUUGUUAAGCAAGGGAGCUGAGAAAUCGUUGCAGGGUUUCCAGGAUAAGUCUCCAUAUUCUAUCAUGUUCGGCCCAGACAAAUGUGGCCCCACAGGAAAGGUCCAUUUGAUCUUUAAAUACAAGAACCCGAAGAAUGGAUCCAUUGAUGAAUACCACGCCACCCAACCCCAGAAUAUCCAGAAUUCAUUGUGGGACGAUCAUAAGCCCCAUCUUUACAAAUUGGUCCUGAAGCCAUCCGGCGAUUUUGAAGUCAGCGUCGAUCAGAAAUCCCUGUACUACGGCAACAUGCUAAAAGACCUUACCCCGCCACUGACGCCACCGGAUAUCAUUGCCGACCCGGAAGACACGAAACCAACGGAUUGGGAUGAUCGGGCGGAAAUUGAAGAUGAAACUGCUGCUAAGCCGGAUGAUUGGGAUGAAUCACAGCCUAAAGAAGUGGUCGAUACGAAUGCCCAGAAGCCUGCCGACUGGCUAGAUGAUGAGAACCCAUUGAUCCCCGAUCCGGAGGCUGUCCAACCAUCCGAUUGGGAUCAUGAAAUGGAUGGAGAUUGGGAAGCGCCAAUGAUUGACAACCCACAAUGUGUUGGAAGAACUGGAUGUGGUGAAUGGAAGCCGCCCACCAUCAAGAACCCUCUUUAUAAGGGAAAGUGGCGUAAGCCUAAGGUUGCUAACCCGGCCUACAAAGGUGUUUGGACUGCACGACAAAUCCCCAAUCCACAUCACUUUGAACCGAUUCCGUUCGCCGGUCUCGAGCCAGUUACAGCCAUUGGCAUCGAAUUGUGGACCAUGAGUAGCAAUAUUAUUUUCGAUAACUUCCUCGUUGUCGAUGACCUGAAAUUGUCUGAUGAAUUCACUGAACAAACGUACGCCGUGCGUCGAACUGAAGCUGACCGUCUCCUGUAUCAUCGUGGAGAAGGCGGUGUCGUCUCUUCGAUAAUGGCCGCCACAAAGGAACGUCCUUGGUUAUGGGUUGUCUUCGCUCUCUCCAUCAUCCUACCCGCUAUUGCCAUUGCGGCCUGUUGCUUCGGGAAGAAAUCGACGCCUGUUCCGCAAUCAGACGCUAUAAAUAAGAAAACAGACGCCGUCGUGCCGGACGAUGAAGUGACUGAACAACUAGACGAUGGACAGCGUACUGACAGCCCGUCGAAGGGUACAGUGUCAAAUAUGGAAGACAUGGAGGAUUCUGGGACUGAUGGGGACGAGGAGGAGGACGUCCCACAUGCUGAGUCGGACAUGGAUGUUGGUUACGAGGCUGACGAUAUGCGGAAAGACGAAGUGAAAAAAACUGUGAAGACCCCGAAGGGAAAGGCUAAGCCGCGCAAGGAUGCU